AUCCCAUAGUGACAACCAGCUUGUCACUUGCAUGUUUGGCUCAUUUGCAAAACGGUUAUCAUUGCCCACCGUGCGACGCUACAGCAAAUCUUUCACAAUGUCUCUCAAAGCAAUCUCGGCAAAAGAUGCCGCCUCACUCGACAAAGAUCUCAUGGAUAUGGGCGGCUGGUCCCUCGAUCAGCUAAUGGAGCUGGCGGGUCUUUCUGUGUCGCAAGCUGUAUGGAAAGUUCAUCCCCUCAGCGCAGGCCCAAAUGUCCUCGUGGUGUGUGGACCCGGUAAUAAUGGCGGAGAUGGCCUCGUAGCAGCCAGACACCUCGCACAAUACGGAUACAAACCAUCAGUCUACUAUCCUAAAGAAGGCAAAAAUGAGCUGUACCAGCGCCUCAAGACCCAACUCCAUAACCUUUCCGUCCCCUUCAUAACAGACUUCGAUGCCGCUUUAAAAGAUACAGAUUUCCUCGUCGAUGCCAUUUUUGGCUUCUCCUUCGGUGGGCCACUCCGUGAUCCAUUCGGUUCCAUCGUUUCGCGCAUCGAGUCUUCCAAUAUUCCCGUGCUCAGUGUUGAUGCGCCUAGUUCAUGGGAUAUCCAGAGCGGUCCACCGAAGGAAGGGCCGGGUGCUAAGUUCAUGCCCAAGGCAUUGAUUAGUUUGACGGCACCGAAGCCUUGUGUGAAGUUCUAUUCGGGACGGCAUUUUGUUGGAGGCAGGUUUUUAUCCAAAGAUAUCACAGAUAAGUAUGGAUUGGAUAUGCCCCCGUACCCGGGGAUUGAGCAGGUCCUGGAGGUGAAGGUUGAUGCAGAGGGAAGACUUUAA